AUGUUAUCUUUACUCCAAAUUUCGGUAUUGGUUAUUUUGCUUGCUGCCAUUGCCAAUGGUACCCCCAUUGAAAAAAGGCACGACAAAUUUAUUGUUCACGAGCUUGAACGUACUGAAGUGAAUUUGCAGAAAAGAACUCCUUCUGAGCAGCAAAAUUUUUUUGACACUGGAAACAGAUGGUCUACAAAAUUGAAGCUUGGCUCUUCUCAAGAGGCUGUGAGAGUUAUACUUGAUACCGGUAGCUACCGUUUAAACGUCCCGGGUCUAGGUGCAACUUGUGCAAAGCAGACUUGCGCAGCGGAUGCAGUUUUUCAUCCUGACAGAUCCUCCACCUUCAAAAACUUGACUGAAGGGUCUGAUCUGGGUUAUGGUGAUGGUUCAGCAAUCACAAAAGGUUACAAGGUUAACGAUGACCUUUACUUUGAUGAUGGUCGUAAAAUUCCGGACUUUGAAUUUGAUGUCAGCACUGUGAGCGCGACUGAGAUUGGUCUCUUUGGUGUUGGAGAUACUGAUGAUGAAAAAUCAAAUUACGUUUUUGCUUCCAAGCAUGCUGGGUUGAUCAAUCGUGCUGGUUACUCUGUGUACUUGGGUCCGAACGAUCAAGGUACUUUACUCUUGGGAGGUGUUGACAAGGCCAAAUACGAAGGAGAGUUGGCCAUUUUCCAGUCUGAGCAAAACAUUAAUGCAAAAUCGAUUACAACUCCAAGUGGAAAGGUGCUUCCAUUCACUAAGGUAGUGGGAUUUGAUACUGGUAAUAAUGGUUUAUCGUUGGAUAAAAGUAUUGUUGACGAAGUCUACAUCGAGUUAGGAGGGAGCCCAUGGGGUCAGUUUUUGUGUGAUCGGGUGUUGAAUACAGGUCGUAAUUUGACAUUUGAUCUUGGGCCAAUCAACAUUUCCGUCCCACUUUCUAACUUUUUUUAUCGAACAAAAGUACAACCAGCCGUAUGCAAUACUUUUAUUUUUGAUGAUUCCAAUACAGGCGGCUUGCAAGGAAUUGGACUUCCUUUCCUUAGAGAUGUUUACUUUGUCAAGGAUUUGGAAAAGAAAACCAUUGGUAUUGCACCGGUGAAGCACACUGACGAUACCGAUAUCGUUGAUUUUUGGUUCUGA